GACGGAAAUUCGGGAUACGAAACGCAACGGUGCACACUUAUGAGGGGAAUAUACGAUAAAUAUUCGGUGACGCUCGGAGAUAUUUCUAUGUUCCCGAUUGGCUCUCACGGCUUAGAACGCACCAAUCAAAGAAAGCACUAACAGUAACUGUGAUAUUUUGAACAGCGUCAACUUCAGUUGCUCUGGUGAAACGAAUGGACACCAUAACGACGUAUUAGUGGCACAAGAGUUUCAUAAAUGAGAGAUAUCAUCGUACCAGAGCAUAUAAAAUUAUAAUUCGCGCCUACAGGAGAAGAAUAAAUUUAUAAUUUUAAGCAUAUAUGAGGAUGGCACCAUCAAAAGUUGUAAAUGUGCAAAAUAAACAAAGUGGUACUACCAUAACAAAUACAAAGAAAAGAAUAACAACAAGAAGUCAAAAUCCUAUGCUGAAUAAUGUUUUACUUAAAGCACCAGUUCUUGGCAAAGAUCCUCGUUUCAAAAGAAAAGCAGAAGCAUCUCCACCAAAGGAGAAAACAACAAAAAGAUCUGCAUUAGGGAACAUCACUAAUGCAAUUGGAAAAACAUUGGUAACACAUCAAACACAAGAACCAAAGAAAGUAACGAAAAAAGCAACCACUACUCAGGUAAUACUUUCAAAACUAAAGCCAGUGCCUCGUGUAAAACCAGUGAAAAAAGAUGAAGAGAAAACUGAAGUAGCUAGUGAAAUUGUAAAUGUUAGACGUAGUUUAGAUUUAGAAAAAUCAGAAGACAGUUCUUUGUAUGUAAGCGCAUUAGAAGAUAUAGGAGAUGACAGUUUAAAGAAGUCUAGAAAAAGCAAUAUUCAGCCUGAAGAAACAGAAAAAAUAAAGAAAGAAAAUGAACAGAGUGAAUCCCAAGUACCUGUAAAAACCGAAAAAAAAUCAAUAGCAGCUCAGUUAGAUGCUAUUCCUGAAAGAGUAUUACCUGAAGGACUUCAAUGGGAUUUUGAUGCUGAAAAUUGGUUGGAUCCAUUUCAAGUUUCUCAUUAUGCUAUGGAUAUUUUUAAUUACUUAAAAGAUAGGGAACGUCUGUUUCCUAUUGGAGAUUAUAUGGAAAGACAAGUGUGCCUUUCACGGUGGAUGAGAGCCUUAUUAGUUGACUGGAUGGUAGAAGUUCAAGAAUCUUUUGAACUAAAUCAUGAAACUUUAUAUCUGGCUGUGAAACUAGUUGACUUGUACUUAACAAAAGUAACUGUCGGAAAAGAAACAUUACAAUUGUUAGGUGCUGCAAGUUUAUUCAUAGCAAGUAAAUAUGAUGAAAGAAUACCUCCAAUGGUUGAAGAUUUUUUGUACAUAUGUGACGGUGCUUACACACAAAGAGAAUUACUUAGAAUGGAAAUGAGUGUUUUAAAGGUGGUUGAUUUUGAUCUUGGUAUACCACUUUCUUAUAGGUUUCUUAGACGAUAUGCUAGGUGUGCAAAAGUGUCAAUGCCAACAUUAACUUUAGCUCGAUAUAUUUUGGAAUAUUCAUUGAUGGAUUAUUCAACAAUAAUGAUUAGUGAUAGUAAAAUGGCCACAGCUGCACUCCUGCUUGCAUUACAAAUGAAAGAUUUAGGAGGAUGGACACCAACUUUAGAAUAUUAUAGUGGUUAUAAAGUUGAUGACAUAAGGGAUAUUGUAAUUCUCUUAAACGAAGGACUACACCGGAAACAUAAAGAAGCUCUAACUACUGUGCGGAAUAAGUACAGCCAUAAGAUAUUCUUUGAAGUAGCAAAGCUGCCAUUAAAAGAUACUUUAGAUAUAUAAAUAGUUUAAGAAUGAAAAAAAAGAUAGGUAAUAAAAUCUAUGGUUGACAAUAAUAUACGGGAUUGCCUAAUUAUUGGUAGGUAGCCUGUAAAGAAAAUUAAUUAUAAGUAAUUAAGA